UUUUGUCCCGGAUAAGGCGAAACCGCGAACCAGAUGCUACUGUUGACGAAUUUAAUUCAAACUCCGGAGAAAAGAGGGGAAACUGGGGGAUGGAGGAAAUGGGCUGUUUACCCUUGGACCUUCGGCGGCGGUUUGCAGUAAAUCUUUAACGUUUGACCCCUGAGACCGUUCAAAUAAUAUUCCAGUCGAACAGCAUCCUCAUUUUACCUCCGUCUCUCCUCAAAUUAGGAUCGCCCCUAAAAACAUUUCUGUGGAGUGAGUUAAGUCAGGUUCCAGAGAGCUUCAGUGGAAUUUCGUUUGAUAGCAGCUUGGAACAAGAUAUUCUUCUGCAAUAAUGAAUAUGCUAAGGACGCGAAACAUCCGGGAAGUUUCCCCCCAGGAAGUGGCGGAUAUUCAGCCAGUGCAGGAGGACCUGACAGCUCGGCUGCCCAUUGAGUGUUUGGACCACAUAUUCAAGAUGCUUGGAACCAAGGAAAAGUUGAUUGCUACCAGAGUUUGCAAAAGGUGGGACGCCAUCGUUACCAGCCGGAGCUGGCCCGAGGAUGGAAACACAUUGAACCUCGAAUCGUACCCCACGCACACAUGGCAAACAAUCGCCCAUGCCCGGGGACGGUUCACGAGCUUUCUCACUGUUGACUGCUCAGAAGAUGUCAUCUUAGUCACCGAAAUUAUGCACAAACACUUUCAUCAGCUGGAGAGCCUGACCAUCAUCUUCUCGGAGCGAUCCAUUCCCUCCACAUACACCAAUGAGUGCUUCAAGAACUUCCAGAAGAUCUGUGCGGAUAAUGUAAAGCUCAGGAGCCUACACAUAAAAGCCGACCAUUUGAGCCUGAUUGAGGCUAUUGUUCAUUACCUCCCAUUAAAUCUUCCGAGCGUCCGUUUGUCAUAUCAAUGCAAGCAAAUGGCCCAGCAGGCCUUGCAAAUUGACCUUUCACUAUUGGAGGAGCUGAAGAGUUCCGCGACGUUGGAACGUGAAAAGACACAGCCGACCUUUUUAAGCUUGAAGUGGAAAAUACUUGGGCUUGUUCAACAUAUCACUCUCGGACCCUUCCCCAACCUCAGGAAACUCAUGACAUGUGGCAACAAUUAUGAAUAUGACCUACCGAUUAGUAGGUUAAGUUAUCCUAAUCUGAGAGUAUGAUAGGGGGAAGGAUUAUCCAAAGGAGUUGAAUAAAUGCACAAUUAAAUGAGUACCUUAGUAAUAAUGAAUAAGAUAACAUAAAAUAACUUAAUCAUAAAUUUCUAAGAAGUUGAAUAAAUAGAUAAUUGACUGAGUACCUUAGUAAUAAUGCAUAAGAUGACAUAAAAUAACUAAAUCAUAAUUUUUUAAUAAUUAGUUAAUUGUUAUAUUUAGAUUAAAGAUUU